GCGGACUCGGUUCCCCUCCAUCGGUAUCCAUAAAAAACGGGGGGAGGGGAUGAUGACUUUGUGUCCAUUAUGAACUAAAGACUAUGAACCACAGCUUAAACAGGAGUUUUCCCAUGCACGCGUGACUGAAUUUUUUUUGUUACCGAUUGGUUAUCUACACUCAGGAGGACAGGCGCCGCACAUCGCUCGCAGUUAUCCUUUUAACGGGACAGUUUUCUUUAUUAACAUAAAACGCACAAGGUUUCCAAAAUGGAUAAAUUCCGCAUGAUGUUCCAGUUUUUGCAAUCCAAUCAGGAAUCUUUCAUGAACGGCAUUUGUGGAAUUAUGGCGCUAGCCAGCGCGCAACUGUACUCCUCUUUUGAGUUUAACUGUCCCUGUUUACCGGAGUAUAAUUUCGCAUACGGAAUAGGGAUGUUAAUAAUUCCACCGGUUUGGUUCUUCUUAUUGGGAUUUGUGUUGAAUAAUAACGUGUCCAUGCUGGCGGAGGAAUGGAAGAGACCGACGGGGAAGCGGCGAAAAGACCCGACCGUGCUGCGGUACAUGUUUUGCUCUAUUGCACAGCGUUCCUUCAUUGCGCCAGCUGUGUGGAUCGCAGUGACGCUAAUGGACGGGAAGAGUAUCCUUUGUGCUUUUAGCGUCGAUAUAGACUUAAAUCAGUUCACAAACGGAAGCCAUCACAACCUUUCGGACGACGAGCUGGUCAGAUUAUUGGCCAAAAUUCCCUGCAAGGAUGUUUUUGACGGCCACGAAGUUUUUUCGAGAGAAGCGGUUACCAGAUAUCUACGCUGUAUAUCCCAGGCUUUCGGCUGGCUCUUUCUGCUGCUGAUGACCUCGCUGGCCUUCAUGGUGAGGGCCGUCCGACCCUGCUUCUCUCAAGCGGCUUUCCUGAAGACCAAGUACUGGUCGCACUACAUCGACAUCGAGCGCAAGAUGUUCGACGAGACCUGCACGGAGCACGCCAAGAGCUUCGCCAAGAUCUGCAUCCAGCAGUACUUCGAGAGCGUGAGCGGGGAGAUCCGCAGCUUCCACAGCCACCGGUCCGGCAAGAAGAAGGAGGACGGCGGCAAGGAGGAGGAGGACGAGAAGGGCGAGGAAGAGAAGCUGCUGGGCAUCCGGGCGCAGGAGGACAUGAACAAAGUCCUGUGGAACUGGCACACCUGCAAGCCGUCCCUCAGCCUGCGGAACGAGACGCUGCCACACGGGGGCGCCGGCGAGACGGCACCCAACGGGCUGCCGAACGGCUGCCACUCGCCCGUCCCGCCGAAGAGAGAGUGGGCGGCCUACUACAGCAAGGUCUGAACCUCUCCGGCUCAGAGGACGUAGUCAGCUUUGGGACGAGAGCAUAAAUCUCUGUCUGUUGGGCAGGCGGGACACUUUCAGUUUUGUCUGUGCAAAAAAACGAAACUUGAGUUGUUGGCUUCAAAUGCUGAGAGGGUCACAUCAAAACGUAGAUUUGCUGUUAACCUCAUAGAAAUACUGAGCCAUAUAGUCUCUAGUGAGUCUGACGUAGGUGGUCCGAGGUUUUGGUGGCAUUUAUAGAACUAAGAGACCUCUUUACCUCAUAUUGUGUUGCGUUGCCCUACAUUUGUAGAACACCAGCUUGGUUCCUAGUGCUGAAGAGAAGAGAAGCAUGUCCAUGGGGAUGAAGGUUCUGAGCAACUUUCUGCGAUACUAAUGAAGCUGCUUGCAUGGCGCUUGUGUUAGUGGGUAAAGUGCUGUGUGAAAGGGGCGUGUUGCCGGUCAGUAGGGCUGUGGUCCCUUUGCCAGGCUGUGGUAGUAUCUUCAGUCUAACUUUGUUGUCAAAGUGCGUAAUUAUUCAAGUCUGAGCACGGUUUGCUUGAAUCUGCCACAUCUGAAUCCUGGAAAUGUGAUGUACUGUGGGAAUGCAAAACACGCAGUUUUAUUCACUGGUUUUCGAUUUUGUUAUCCAUGCUUCUUGAACAUAUGGAAAUGUACCUGUAAGUGUGCCUUAGUUCUCGCCUAACAACAACAGGUUGAAUUAAGAAAUGAGGUUAAAGUAAACAAACUAACAGUAAUCAAAUCACUUGGUCAAUAUAGUUUGAAAUAAUGAGCAUUUUCAUCCUCAACAUUUCAGUUUUGUGUAUUACACAAACUAUUGCCUAAUGAGGUAGAAUUCCCAACACAAGAUCGUUUGUGUUUGAAAGCUGGAGACUAACUCUUGUAACUGCUGAGGUUUCCCUUUCUCAUGAGGCCCAGAUCAGAGGAUUACUGGUGAAAAAGGCUGAGGAUUUGUUGAUCUUGUCCAUGGUUGCUCCACUAUGAGAAGGUAAACACAUGCUAACACCCCUGACUAAAGGGACGUGUCUUUUGUUGGAGAUGUGAGUCCUAGCCCAUCAUGCUUUUCAUAAGGACUGUGUGAGUGCUGUUCUUUUUUAUGCCGUACCUUUACACUAACACCUGCCAUACUGUUCACCUGUCUCACCUCCCACUGGCAUACUGUCCACCUGUCUCACCUGCUACUGCUAUACCGUUCACCUGUCUCACCUGUUUACCUCUCUCACCUGCGACUGUCAUACUGUUCACCUGUCUCACCUGCUACUGCCACACUGUUCACCUGUCUCACUUCCCAUUGCUAUACUGUUCACCUGUCUCACCUGUUUACCUCUCUUACCUGCUACUGCCACACUGUUCACCUGUCCCAGUUCCAUUGCCAUACUGUUAAUUUGUCUCACCUGCUACUGCCAUACUGUUCACCUGUUUCACCUCCCACUGCCAUACUGUUCACCUGUCUCACCUGCUACUGCCAUACUGUUCACCUGUUUCACCUGUUCACCUGUCUCACCUCCCACCGCCAGGUUGCUUGUGUGACGACACUGUUGUUGACCCAGUGAAGCUGUUUCAUGUUAACCCAGUGAAGCUGUUUCAUGUUAACCCAGUGAAGCUGUUUCAUGUUAACCCAGUGAAGCUGUUUUCAUGUUAACCCAGUGAGGCUGUUUUCAUGUUAAAGAUGCUGUCCACUACAAACGGACAUCAAUAAAGCUUUCAGUCACCUUC